AUGGGAUUCGUCGAUUCUGCUGACACGGGUAUUAAACCACUUUUGAUCACUGACUGGGACGGCACAAUGAAGGACUACUGCUCGCAAUAUGCAACCAAUCUGCAGCCGGUAUACAGCGCUGUUGUGAUGGGCAGGUUUGCUGAGUUGUUCACUCGUGCCACUGCUGUACUCACUGCUGGUCCUCUUCGUGGUCCUGGUAUUUUAGAUCUGACCGCACUUCCCAUUAACGGUCCAGUGUUGUUCAGUGGCUCAUGGGGUCGUGAGUGGUGGCUGCGUGGACGACGGGUUGUGCAUGACGAUGGCAUUUCUGAAGCGGGUUUCGAUGCGAUUGGCCGCCUUAGCGAUGAGAUGACCGAUUUACUCGACAAUGGUGCUUUCUCACAAUUUGCGCUCGUCGGUAGUGGAGUACAAAGAAAGGUCGAUCGUCUUACUCUUGGAGUGCAAACAGUUUUCGGUCAUGUUCCACUGGAACUUGUCGUACGUUAUAUCGAAGCUGUUAAAGACAGAAUUCAUCGCGUUGACCCCAAUAACACAAACCUCGUCUUGGAGACGUCCUCGCCGCUUGAGAUCGAAGUUUGCGUCCACAAUUCAGGAUCUGUUUGGAAUAAGGGGGACGGUGUAGCAGCGCUUAUAGCUUCUCUUCACGACUCUUUGAAAAAUGGAAAGGUUCUGGUGGCAGGUGACACCACUAGUGAUUUGCCAAUGUUGCAACAUGCCGUGUCGGAAAAUAGAACUGGUGCUAUGGCUCUGUUUGUUGGUGCAGGAGAAUCUCUGCGCGAGUCAGUGAGGAAUAUUGUAGGUGACGAUAGCAGAAUUUGUUUCGUUUCAUGCCCGGACGUUGUUCAUGCGGCGUUUGCACGCAUCCUAGCUGCCAAAGUUGAACUGGAC